AUGGAUUGCCGAGCUGCCAUCCGACAUGUGAUCCAAGAAAUGGUGGAGGUGUUUUCGAAGGCUGACGAAACAUACCAAGAGAUCCAGGAGAAGAAGGAGGACAUGAAUAUCUUGACAGGCCUCCACAAUUGUCCUGAUUCUGAUCCUUGCUGCCGCGCAGACUUGACAGCUGAGAAACCCGCUGUGUCCACCAAGGACAUUAGUGCGCUGAGGACCACCAUCGAGGAAUGUGAAGCCAGAGCCCGCCAAAGAGUUGAAGAUGUGAUGUCCGACCUGAGAAGGGAGUCAUUGAAUGGCAAGUCCAGCGACCGCUUUGCGAUACAGAAGGAAUUACAGGAGCGCCGGAAAGAGCAGUUGGCGGUGAUUCUCGAAGAGAAAAACGUCCUGCAGUUCAUUCAGGAUGGUGCUGAAAGGUCAAAGGUCUUGACCCAAUUCGCAGGGCUCAGCGCCGAAAAGCUGGAACUGAUGACCGAGGACGAGAAGGACGUGUACUAUUCCAAAGCCCGGUCAGAAAGGAUCCAGCAGCGCUAUCAAGUUGGCAUCAAAGUGGCCGAAGAACUCCUGGAUUCGAAAGCAAGUUGGCACCGAAACAUCGAAGAGAAAAGAGACUCCUUGAACGACUUGGCUCAGAGCGCGACAGAAGGCCAGGAGGCUUGGUACCAAGCGAACUCAAUAGUGAAAGAAGUGCGAAAGCAGAUGCAGAAGGAGAUGGAGAAACGAAGAAUAUGCGAGGCCAAAGGAGGCCAAGCCUUCAUGAAGCACAAAGCUGCCAUGGAGAGUCUUUGGAAGCUCAUGGAGGAGAUCAAAAGUGCCCUGAGUUUGGCCUUGGACACAGCCAUCGAGUGUGAGGCCCUUGAACAGCACGAGCAGAGGUUGACCGAGAGUGUUGCCGAAGCCAUGAAAGAGUUGGAGGAUGUCACCAAGGCCUGUGAUGAAGCCAACAAGUCAUAUGAAGGGCUGGAGGAGCAGGUUUCCCAAGGAAAGGGAGAAAUCAUGAUGCGCAUUCAGGAAACACAGAAGGAGCUGUUAUCUCACUCUACGCCGUACGUCAAGGAACAUAUGAAGAAUGUCGCUGUCAGCAUGGAGUUGUUGGAUCGUGUGACGAAAGAGAAGAAGAAAGAGCUGAGGUGCCUCCAAAAGGAGCACGAUGCGGCUGCCACGGAAGCCGCAGCGCUAGCCAGCAUGGAUCGGGGCAACAAACGCUCACUGAAGCUUGCCACCCGCAACGAAGAGGUGGCUACGCGCCGCGACCUGAUCGACCGUACAAGAGAGGAGUUGGAGCAGUUGGACCAAAAGAAUCGCAAAGCACGCGAGGAGUAUGAUUUCUGCCGCCACUUGCAGCUACACAAUCCACAGCCACAGUUGGAACAUGAGGAGGCAACUCGCUUUGCCCAGGCAGAGGCGGAUCGCUGCUUGGGUAACUUCAAACUUUGGGUCCAGGACCCGGAGGAGUUCGAGGCCGUCCCAGUGAAAACUCAGCUCUCUCCAAAGGCCAAGUCUCCGAGAGAAAAGAAGCAGCAAACAGUUUCGCGGAAGGCGGUCUACAUGGGUGACCCACGCGACCAGCGCUUGGAAUCUCACUUCCUCCCCUUCGGCCAGCAGAGUACACCAAGCCAGGUGAGUGAAGAUCUUUCUGAUCCCGAUUUCUCGAGUCUCGAGGCUUCACCUCGACCUAUGGUGAGGUUCCGAUAA